AGCAGGGCCACCCACCAGCUCUGCCCACCUGUGCCCAACAGUGCACCCACCUGUGCCCAGCAGUGCCCACCAGUGCCACCCAGCACCCAGCAGUGCUGCCAGUCAGUGCCACCAGUCAGUGCCCAGCGGUUGUGCCAGUCAGUGCCCAGUCAAUUCCUAGAAGUGCCGCCAGUUAGUGCCCAGCAGUGAUGCCAGUCAGUGCCACCUAUCAGUGCUGUCUAUCAGUACCCAUCAUCAGUGCCACCUAUCAGUGCCGCCUAUCAGUGCUGCCUAUCCGUGACACCCCAUUAGUGCUGCAUAUCAGUGCCACCUAUCCGUGCCACCUCAGUAGUGCUGCCUAUCAGUGUCGCCUAUCAGUG